CUAAAACAUAAUACAGAGCAAACAAACCAAACCAACCACCCACAGAUAACAGUACAUACAAGCAAGCGUCGUCAGGCAGGCGGGUCAAUAUCAAUAGGGCAGGUAGGUACAGGGGGAGCAAGCGAGAGAUGGGUCGGGGUCACAAGCCAGGUUCAGCAGGUAGCAAGCAGCGUGGUACAGAGGGUCAGGCAGAGGGAUGGUCAGGAGCGAGCCGGGAUCAGAGCAAGAGAAGUCAGCAGCGGUUCAGAUCAGGCAGGGUCAGCAAAGGAACAGAAACAGGAUGCAGGACAGAUACAGGGCCCAGGACAAACACAACACCAAGGCAGAGUCUGCAAGUCUGGCCAU